AUGGACCAGGGCGAAAAACGAAAAUCUACCGAACCUAUAACUGAAGAUGCCGACGACUUAGCUAGCAAGCGGCGCAGGGUCAUUGGACCCUCCUUGCCAUCACAAGAAUCAGACGCGAAGCCAGAAGCUGCUGCAAGUGAAAGCGAUAGCAGUGACGACGAUGACUUCGGUCCGAGCCUACCACCCGCGGACAGUGCUGCUCCGGACACACGAGGGUUAACAAGCAAGCAAGCCGAAGCACCAGUUUCGGAAAGGGAGUCGUCUGAAGCAGGACGGUCUGCGGACGUCAAAAGCCAGAGGGACGACUGGAUGUUACAGCCCCCCGGGGCGACAGAUUGGGCACAGCGGGUCGACCCGACCAAGCUAAGGAAUCGCAAGUUCCAGACUGGCAAAUCAGCAACAGGCCGUUCGGAAGGUGUAGACUCGUCCUGGACAGAAACCCCCGAGCAGAAAAUGAGACGUCUACAAGACCAGGUGAUGGGAGUAGCGUCGCAUUCUUCAUCUGGAGGGAGAGGGCCCCAGACAACCGGAUCAUCGCGAAAUAUACAAGAUAAGGUCAAAUCUUAUAAGGAAGCAAAAGCAGCAGAAGCAGCGAAGGUGGGCACUUCGAAACGGCCGCAGUUCGACAGCAGUGGGAAGGACGAUGACGAUCCAAGCUCCCGAGCAUUUGAUAGAGAAAAGGAUAUGUCUAUCUCUUCGACGAUAACGAAUGCCCAGCGUCGCGAGGUCAUCAACAAAGCUGCCGACUUUGGCUCCCGCUUUACAAGUGGGAAGUUCCUGUAA